GCGCGACAGUUUUCAUACAAACGUGAUCACAAACGAGAAAAAGACACGAGCGUCAAGCAGCGGCUGUUGCUGAGUCUGAAAUCUGUGACCUCUCAAAAGCGAACGCGUUGUGUCAGUGUGUUUUGGGUGUGACUAAGGGACAUUCACCCUAACCAGGCGCCAUGGAACCCAUAGGGUUUGAAAUGCAUACUGGUGAGCAAGACCAGCCUUCUGCACAUGUUUCACAGGUGAAUGUAGAAUACCCGAUGAAUACACCAUCAUCAGGUGUGAGUCCUGCUGACCCAAAUGAAGGGAACUUAUAUCCUACCAUGGAUAAAGAGCCAAGUGGUGCUGCACCCAUUGGAUUUGAGGGCCAUGCCAAUGGUGGCCCCGAGGAUGGAAGAGAGGAGAGCACAGCAGUUGAUAUAGAGAGAAGUCCAGAGAUAGCUAAUGAGGAUGCUACCCUUUUCUUCCGAGAUGGACAGAGAAAGAUUGAUUACGUACUGGCCUAUGAACCAGGGUCAGCGUCCGAACACGAGGAAAAGAAAAGGGAGCGAAGAAAAAUUUUUGAAGAUAAUCUCCGAAAGGAAGGGUUAGAACUAGAAUAUGAAGGAAAAGAGAAAUCUUCUUCUGAGGCGUCCAGAAGUGGAAAGACCUGUUUUGUGAAGGUCCAUGCUCCAUGGGAUGUCAUGACGAAAUAUGCUGAAUUGACUAACCUAAAGAUGCCCCUAGCGGAAAAUGAUUUGGAGUUCGAGCUUGAAUCCUACAUGGAAUACUGCUGGAGUAUGUUUCCAUCUGUCUUUGAACUUGAUAAGGAUAUCGUGAAACCAGAGCCGAAUUACUUUACCGCUCCCUUCAACAGAGAACGACAGGAACAAUUUCUUAAGACCUUUAAGAAGAUUGAAGCUGUUGAUGACCCAGAAUUUGUCAUCAGGGAUAAAAAUACAUUCUUUACAAACGCUCAGAGGAGUCGGAUGGUACAUGAAAUUCUGGUUCGCACAGUGUUUGAUAGAGAAGAUAGUGAUAAAGGAAAGCAUAGAUUUGGUGUAACAAAGAUGAUAAGUGCUGGGAUCUACUCCGCUGCAUUCCCUCUCCACGAUGGUCGCUACACGAGUGAACAUUCCCUGCUGACAAGAGGCAAAGCAAAUGAUAGACAUCUGCUUUAUGAGGUUUGGGCCAGACCAGGAGCAUGGUACAAAUACCAGCCACUCGAUGAAAUAAGGGCCUACUUUGGUGAGAAGGUCGGAAUUUACUUUGCCUGGCUGGGGUAUUACACAUCUGUGCUGAUUCCAGCUGCCAUCUUGGGUUUGAUUGCUUUUAUCUACGGCUUGGCAACUUUCUCCAGUGAUGAAGCCAGUUCUGAGAUCUGUGAUGAGUCUGGGGUAGGAAACCUGACAAUGUGUCCAUUAUGUGACAAACGUUGUUCCUACUGGAAACUUCACGACAGUUGUAAUUACUCCCGUGCGACUUACUGGUUUGACAAUUACGCCACUGUGGCCUUCGCACUCGUCAUGGCAUUAUGGGCCUCAUUUUUCCAAGAGUUUUGGAAGAGGAAAGCAGCAGAACUUGAAUAUGAAUGGGAUGUAGCAGACUUUGAGCUGGAAGAGGAAACCGUCAGACCUGAGUUUGAAGCUGGAGUUCGACAUAGGAAAACCAAUCCUGUCACUAAGAAAGAUGAACCAUUCCUACCAAUUUGGAGCAAGUGCUGUCGCUACAGCACCACUUUUACAGUUUUAGUGUUUUUUCUGUGCAUUGUAUUAGCAGCAGUGUUUGGCGUCAUUUUGUAUCGAAUCGUCAUUGUCUCCAUCCUCUAUGCCAAUCAGGAAGGCAUCAUCAAGUCACGAGCAAGCUUCAUCGCCAGCACAACAGCAGCUUGUAUCAACUUGGUCAUCAUUCUCAUCCUCAGUUUCGUUUAUCAAAGAAUCGCCCUGUUCUUGACAAAUCUUGAACAACAUCGUACCCAGACAGAAUGGGAAGACGGCUUUACAUUUAAGAUGUUCCUGUUCCAGUUUGUCAAUUACUAUUCGUCCAUCUUUUACAUCGCUUUCUUCAAGGGCAAGUUUGUUGGUCGACCUGGUGACUAUAACUACAGCCUAUUGGACAGGAGACAAGAAGAGUGUGAUCCAUCUGGAUGCCUGAUAGAGCUAUGUAUUCAACUGGCUGUGGUCAUGGUCGGCAAACAAGCCUUCAACAACUUCAAAGAAAUCAUUCUACCAAAACUGAUGGUGUGGUUUAAGUCUCGGUCAGCCAACAAGGACCCCAACGAGGAGAAAGUAUAUUCCAGAUGGGAACAAGACUUUAAUCUGGCUGACAUACCAAACCUUGGGCUGUUUGAUGAAUAUCUGGAAAUGGUAAUCCAGUAUGGUUUCGUCACCAUCUUUGUGGCUGCCUUCCCACUGGCUCCUUUGUUUGCUUUGCUGAACAACGUAUUUGAGAUUAGAUUGGACGCUUACAAAUUCGUUACGCAGUGGAAACGACCAAUGGCAGCACGGGCACAAGACAUAGGAAUUUGGUUUGGGAUUUUGAGAGGGAUAUCAGCCAUUGCGGUGAUAUCUAAUGGUGUGAUAAUUGCCUUCACGUCAGAGUUUGUCCCCAAGCUGGUGUACAGAUAUGGUUACAGCUCUGACCAGUCAAUGAAUGGCUAUGCCAAUUUCAGUCUGUCUGUCUUUGACGUUAACGACUUCCAGGCAAAGAGCAUUCCAGAUGACCCUCAAUUUGAUGUAUUUGGGAAUGUCACAUACUGCAGAUACCGUGAUUACCGUCAGCCGCCCACUAAUUACGCUGGAGAGGCAGGAAUAGCGACAGGUGAAGAGUACACAUUUACUCUGAUGUACUGGCACAUUCUGGCCGCAAGGCUGGCUUUCAUCGUCGUGUUUGAGAACCUGAUUGUGUUUGCAACCUGGUUAGUAAUGUACCUCAUCCCAGACAUGCCGGGCACAGUGAAACUGCAGAUGUUGAGAGAAAACUACUUGGCCAAGGAAGCACUUUACACGGCAGAGACGGUCACGAAAGUAAAACGUGGCAACAUUAACUCCACUAAUGCGACAAAUACACAAUUCUGAUGACAACUUUGGGUGUAAUGUUAAGGAAAAUCAUACCAAAAGCAAAACAAAACAAUUCAAGAAAGGCCCUCAUUAUUUACAGGAAGUAAUAAACUCCACCAGAACUCUAAAGUAUUUAACAAUGGCUGAUAUUAUGAAUAUUUGAUAAUACAGAAUUCUUUCUGUUAUUUGUUAGAAGAAUCUGGAUUUUUUUCAAAAGUUUAUUUCGAAAGAAUUUAAAUCAGAAUCUCGGCCCGACUUUCCAUAACUGGUAUUUGUGAUACAGUGUUUCUACACAGCCAUCAAACAUGAUGUUAUUUUCUCACUGUACCUGUCUUUAUAACUUCUGUGAAUUUUUGAGUCAUUGUAAUCUAACACCUUUCAGGUUGUGGUUGUUGUUUAAAAACCAAAGUCCUUUGAUUAUAGAUAUUUGUGAAAGUUUUAGUCAACCACUGAUACCAGACUGAUGAAUAACAUAUAGAUUUAUAUAUUUGUAUUAAUUAACGUAGAAUUCUGUGAGAAAUUUUCAAAAAUCCUU